UACAUAAAAAGUAAACUAAAAGUAUACUUUCCUAUUUUUUAGUUUAAAAUAAGUAUACUAAUAGCACACUUGAAUAAACUUCUUUUUCGUAAGGGAAUCGUUACUGAGGGGUCGUGUUGUUUAACUGCUGCUGCUUCUUUACGUCCUUUUCACCUGACGCUCAGAGCGAGGCACGUCUGCGGUGCGUCCUCCUCGUCUCUCUCCUGCACACAGUGUCUGAGUGCUGCCUCGAAUCCGGCUUCAGUCUCGGAUCAGCUCUGCUGUCCAGUGUGCACUGUUACUGUUCAUCUCUGGUCAGAGCAUGAGACCAAACUAUAACCCGUCACACGCUGGAAACUUAAACAGUUAAACAUGCGCUGAGUUACACAAACUUAUUCAGCAACUUCGUUAUAUAUUUUGGAGAUGAGUACAUGGAGUUUUUUCCCCCGUGCAUUGCCGAUGAAGUGAGUUCAUGAAGAGCAUCUUUUGUUCCUGUUCAAGGACUACAAGAACUACAUUUGUUGGCAUGAGAGGUAAAGAAUGGCUUGAAGCGAAACGAGAGAUUUGCUGAAGAAUGCACUGAAGUGGAAUUAAAUGAAGAUUUCUACUGUCUGCAUGUGUUCUGCAAUAAAAGAUGAAGACGGUAACUAUCUUUUCUUUCGGUCUUUCAGACAGCAAGGAUAGUCUUGGCUUUCCCAGUGGAGUUUGCACAGAAGAUUUCAAUGCAUGUUAAUAUAAAAGAGUCUGUUUGUAAUAGGAAUCCUUUGUGACGGCUUUAUCUCAGACGACAUCAUUAAUGAAAGCUACCAAAUAAAAACAACUUUAAAAAGAAUCCCCUGGUGCGCAUUAGAAGUCUCCUCAUUGGUCUGCUGUGUUUUUAUUCCAGCGGUCAGUGUAAUAGUGUUGGGCAGCUGCCAGCUGUCUGGGUCAGACACGUUUCAGACUCGAGCUGCUGUCUGGAAGAAGCCGUUUUAUGAAACUCAUGAAUGUUCGUCUGCACAGUUACCGCUUCAGCUUCUGCGGCGAUAGUAAGAAAAGAAACACAUGCAAAACCAGCUGACACACAGGAUAUAUCUGCUGGAACUGGACGACUCUUCUCCUGGAGCUUCUAGAGAAAAGCCGGCGUUUGAUUUGAUGUUCAUCCGGCAAACAAAUGGAUCGUUUGGGACAAGCUCCUAAAAUAGAUCUGCUGCUUUGGAAUAACAUGAAGAGAAUUCAUAUGGAUUCUUGCCCUGCACAUGGCUGACAAAGGUGCAGGAUCAAGUCACCUUUAGGAAAACCUUUAAACCUGGGAUUAAGUGUGGACUGAGAUUCAAAUGUGUCGAGGAUGCUUGUCACGGAUAUGUUAUGGUGCGAAGCUGGAUUGAUCGUAUCGCUUUAAUCCACUUGUAGCCUCCACCCCCACCCCAUGUCAGUGCUUCCCUAAAUUAUGGAAAUUUUUUGGAAGACGCUGACUUGGAUAUUUAGCCUGGUCUUGGCCGCUGCUGAAGCUCAGAUCCUUUCAUACAACUCUCAAGCGGAAUUCCUGUCCACGCUGGAGCACUAUCAGCUAACAGUACCAGUGCGGGUGAAUGAGAGGGGCCAGUUCAUGAGUUACACUGUGAAGCAUUACAGGCCUGGACGGCGGCGACGUGGACUGAACCAGACUGAGCUGGACCACACUGAGACCAGGCUUUUUUACAAACUCUCAGCCUACGGCAAGCACUUUCACCUGAACCUGACACUCAACUCCAACCUGGUUUCUAAACAUUUCACGGUAGAGUACUGGGGCAAAGACGGACUAGACUGGCAGCAUUCAGUGGUCGAUAACUGCCACUAUGUUGGAUACCUACUGGAUCAAUAUAGCACUACAAAAGUGGCAUUGAGCAACUGCAAUGGCUUGCAUGGUGUCAUAACCACAAAGGAUGAGCAAUAUUUAAUAGAGCCAUUAAAAAAUAUAUCCAGAAAUUUCAGUGAUGUCAACCACGAAGGACAACCACAUGUUAUUUAUAAAAAGACUUCCAUUCCUUCUCUGCAAGAGCCAAGCGAGGAGUUCAGCUGUGGUGUUUCAGACCUCACAAUAAACCGGACUCCCAGCUACGAGACCAAUACUGAAGCAAACACACCUUACCCAGCCACGGACGGUGACAGCUCGAUGGGUGGCCACCGCCAGCGGCGCUCUGUCAGCUCUGAACGCUUUGUGGAGACCCUAGUGGUGGCGGACAAAAUGAUGGUUGGCUACCACGGUCGCAAAGACAUCGAGCACUACAUCCUGUCUGUAAUGAAUAUUGUUGCCAAACUUUAUCGUGAUGCCAGUCUUGGAAACGUUGUGAACAUUAUUGUAACCCGACUGAUUGUUCUGACAGAAGAUCAGCUCGACUUGGAGAUAAACCACCAUGCAGACAAAUCUCUAGACAGCUUCUGUAAAUGGCAGAAAUCCAUUCUUUCUCAUCAGGGAGAUGGAAACAGUAUCCCAGAGAAUGGGAUCGCCCAUCACGACAAUGCUGUUCUCAUCACAAGGUAUGACAUCUGCACCUAUAAGAACAAACCCUGCGGUACUCUCGGUUUGGCAUCCGUAGCAGGAAUGUGUGAGCCAGAGAGGAGCUGUAGUAUCAAUGAAGAUAUAGGCCUUGGUUCGGCCUUCACUAUUGCACAUGAGAUAGGACACAAUUUCGGCAUGAACCACGAUGGGAUCGGGAACUCCUGUGGGACCAAAGGUCAUGAGACAGCCAAGCUGAUGGCGGCCCAUAUCACAGCCAACACCAACCCCUUCUCCUGGUCAGCCUGCAGCAAGGACUAUAUCACCAGCUUUUUGGACUCAGGUCGGGGAACGUGUCUGGACAAUGAGCCUCUGAAACGAGACUUCCUGUACCCCACUGUGGCUCCAGGGCAGGUGUACGAUGCAGAUGAGCAGUGUCGUUUCCAGUACGGCGCCUCCUCCCGUCAGUGCAAAUAUGGGGAGGUGUGUAGAGAGCUCUGGUGCCUAAGCAAAAGUAACCGCUGUGUCACCAACAGUAUCCCCGCCGCAGAAGGGACCCUGUGCCAGACCAGCACCAUUGAAAAGGGGUGGUGUUAUCAGGGUGAAUGUGUGGCGUUUGGGACGUGGCCACAGAGCGUGGAUGGAAGCUGGGGACCUUGGACCUCAUGGGGCGAGUGCAGUCGUACCUGCGGCGGCGGCGUCUCCUCAUCCAUGCGACACUGUGACAGCCCAGCACCAACAGGUGGAGGGAAGUACUGUCUCGGAGAGAGGAAACGCUACAGAUCGUGUAACACUGAUGCUUGUCCAGCAGGAUCACGUGACUUUAGGGAGAAGCAGUGUGCUGAUUUUGAUAACAUGUCUUUCCGUGGGAAGUACUACAACUGGAAGCCGUACACUGGAGGUGGAGUGAAGCCAUGUGCGUUGAACUGUCUGGCUGAGGGCUACAACUUCUACACCGAACGCUCGCCCGCUGUCAUCGACGGCACGCGCUGCCAGGCCGACUCGCUGGACAUAUGCAUCAAUGGAGAGUGCAAACAUGUUGGCUGUGAUAACAUCCUGGGCUCGGAUGCCAAGGAGGACAGAUGCCGUGUGUGCGGUGGGGACGGCAGUACGUGUGAGGUCACCGAAGGGCUGUUCAACAAUUCGCUGCCCAAAGGAGGUUAUAUGGAAGUUGUCCAGAUACCAAAAGGAUCGGUUCAUAUUGAAAUCAGGGAAGUGGCUGUGUCAAAGAACUACAUCGCUUUGAAAUCGGAGGGGGAUGACUAUUACAUCAACGGAGCCUGGACCAUCGACUGGCCCCGCAAAUUUGACAUCGCAGGAACAGCCUUCCACUACAAGAGGCCGACUGACGAACCCGAGUCGCUAGAAGCUCUAGGGGCCACCACAGAAAAGUUGGUGGUUAUGGUGCUACUACAGGAACAAAACCUGGGCAUCCACUACAAGUUCAAUGUGCCGAUCCAGCGUACAGGAAGUGGGGACAAUGAAGUGGGCUUCUCCUGGCACCAUCUGCCCUGGUCUGAGUGCUCUGCAACAUGUGCAGGAGGCUCACAGAAGCAGGAGGUGGUUUGUAAAAGACUGGACGAUGGUUCGGUGGUCCAGAACAGCUACUGCGACCCGGACGGCAAACCGCCAGGGAACCAGCGACCUUGCAACACCGAGCCUUGUCCUCCGGAAUGGUUUAUCGGUGACUGGUCAGAAUGUGGAAAAACCUGUGACGGAGGCAUGCGAACACGCACUGUUUUAUGUAUCCGUAAAAUCGGACCCGCUGAGGAGGAGACUCUGGAGGACAGCCACUGUCUGACCCAUCGGCCAAUAGAACAAGAGUCCUGCAACAAUCAGUCCUGUCCACCCCAGUGGGUGACGCUGGACUGGUCUGAGUGCACCCCAAAGUGUGGCCCUGGCUUCAAGCACCGCAUUGUUCUGUGUAAAAGUAGCGACCUGACCAAAACCUUCCCUCCAGCCCUCUGUUCUGACCAAAACAAACCUCCAGUCCGUAUACGCUGCAGCCUAGGACGCUGUCCGCCGCCACGCUGGACCCCUGGGGAAUGGGGACAGUGCUCUGCUCAGUGUGGACUAGGACAGCAGACGCGGACAGUUCAAUGUCUGUCAUAUACAGGACAGCCCUCCACCGAAUGUCCAGAGUCACUACGGCCCAACACCAUGCAGCAGUGUGAAAGCAAGUGUGACGCUACACCCAUCUCCGGUGGCGACGAGUGCAAAGACGUAAAUAAGGUGGCAUAUUGCCCAUUGGUGCUGAAGUUCAAGUUCUGCAGCCGUGCUUACUUCAGGCAGAUGUGCUGCAAGACGUGCCAAGGACACUGAGCCUGCGGAGAGAAGCAGAGACAACAAGGAAAGAGAGAGAAAACUGGCAGAGUAAAAGAGAGAAAUGUCAAUGGUGGACACAGAGAAGGAAGCCUCUCUCUCGCUAAUCAACACACACAACUGCUUUUAGCCCUGUGGAACCCAAACCACUGCUCAGCACUGCGCUGACACCUGUUUUAUUUUCACUUCUGUGAAGUGGGAAUGUAUAAAAUGAUCAUUAUUGUUGUUAUUUUUAUAAUAAUGAUAAUAAUUGCUCUUGGUUAUUAUUAUUAUCAAUGUCUUUCUGUUGUUAUAAUCCAAAGUGCUGGACACAACACUCACAGAAAUAGCACGGCAGAGGUUUAAUUCAGGGUGCCCACCUUAGAGAGUUUGAGACAUUGGUAUAUCCCUGGGUCUUGCAUACACACUCCUAACAUGGUUCUGUUAGUAACGCUGCAUUCAGGGGCAUUCAAACCAUUAAUGUUUGCUUACAUUGGCAGCAUCGGAUCUAUAGGGAGUCAUUAGAUUUCAAUAAGAGUUGGCGGUUUGAGGCAACAUGAGCAUGAGACAGUUGGUGGCAUGAUAAAGUACUGUACCGCAAACAACAACGAGUGUGCAGACACUGCCAUUCAUGUGAUCCAGCAUCUGAUACAUUUGUAUACAGCAGCCCAAAAGGAACACUUACAAGCAACGGAUAGCACUGAGACUUGGUGACUGCAAUGUGGAUGCCCCUUUAGGAUUAAAAAUAAUAUAUAAUUUCCAAAUUUUCCACCCAAAUGAUACUUUUCGCUCCUAAAAACAAAGAAGUGUAAAUCAGGGGUAGGGCUGUCAAAAUGGCUGAAAAACUAAAUUCGAAUUUUGUGCUUAAUUAUUAUUAAAAUUUGAAUUAUAUUCACAUUUAAAAUGCAUAAUUUCAGUUAGGGUAAAGAAAAGCUUUUGGCUUUUCUCCUGAGGCCACAAGAGGGUGCAUCGAGCGUAAGAUAACAUGACUAUCCGUGAAGAAAAAAAAGUGCAUAAAUGUUUAAAAUAAUGUUUAUAAACCAAUUAUAAUUAAGUUGCUUAAACAACUAUAACAAAACAGCAUCAUGUAUGUAUUCAUAGUUUAAUACAAAGGACUGAAAGCCAUUCAUACAGAGUACAUUUUUCAUUUAAAAACACGAGUUGCAGUGGGAUGGGGAAAAAACCCGCCAUCAAGUCUCGAGAUAUGUUUUUUCAAAGUUGAACUUGAAUUAAUUUUACAUGGCUUUUUAAACAUGCGGUUUUCUUCUACGAGACGCAAGUGCAAGGGUGAUAGAUGUCCCUCUAGAAAAUGCGCAAAAUAUGCGUUCUGUGUGAACGGCUUGGUUUCAGUUUUGACGUACACAAGAUCUUCUUGUGACGUCACUGCAGAUAGUUUAAUUUACCACCACCCCAAACAAGUCUAUGAUAUAAUAAUUAUUUUUAUUACAGCCCAAAUAUACCUGUAUACAAACAGAAUGCUGCUUCAAACAAAUUUGUAAACGAAAAAAUUAAAAUAAUAAAUCCAACUCCAUAGCGGAUUCCAAGUGAGGAUUCCACCAGUUGUGGGGACUCCUGCAACAUAAUCUAUGAUGUACAUCCGAUUCAAUGAGAUAAAGGGAAGUUAGUGAGGGAAGGGCAUACAAAACGAAGUUGUAGAGACAUUGUAGGACAGUGGCACUCCAGGAGCAGGAUUAGACACCCCUGAUAUAGACAGUUAGCCAAUAUAGUUCAGCUUGAAUAGUUUCUUUUUCUGGUUAGAUGGAGGUCGUAUAAGAUAUGCAUGUGGUUUAAUUGAAAUCAGUAACUUGGAACUUCUAUGUAUAUUUAUUCACUUGGCAGACACUUCUAUCCAGAGCAACUUACAUUGCAUUCAUUGUUUACAACCCUUGACCUCUACCAGUUGAGGAACUUCUAAACUUGAUGUUGUUUUGACAAUAACUUUCAAAAGUAAGAUGCCAGGGCCAAAGACAAACAGGGUAAUGUGAUUGGGUGCUUUGGUGCUGAAUUUGUGCAGAAGAAAUCUCAAUUAAAGCUUCAGAGUCCAGAUGUUCAGCCACCUGUUUUACUGAGCUGAAUCACAUGACCACAGGGCACAAAAUUCCACCAUUGUCUGAUACUCGAACAAGGCCUAAAAAAAUCAGAUCAGUUUCAAAGAAACGCUUCUACUAUUGUGUCUGUAGAAUUAAUGUGGACACCAGAGAGACAUUAAUUGUGAUUCUGAAGUGAUUCUGCUUUAUGGAUCCGUAUUCUGCUUUAAAUUCUGGGGUUCUGACAUCUAUGCGUCUGUUCUGGGGACCAGCAUGUUCCAGACGCAAUAAUUUUCCCAUAAAAUGCGUGCCGCAGCCACACUUAACCACAUUAUCAGCAGAAUACACAAACAAUUCAUCAAUACAGGGAUCACUUGCUUGGAGAUCUCCAGGUCUGUGAUGCUGAUGCAUUAGUAAAGUUAAGUAAAGGGCCAGUGCUUGGGUAACCUGCCAGACCCCAUAGAUCCGGUCUGCCAUUGACUACCUCCAAAACACCCCCUCUUCCUCUUUCCCUGAGAUCACAGUGCUUCCAGCCAACACUCUUAAACCAUCCACACUCAAUGGUGCUUUUCUUUCCUCAGUGGAGGACUGUUUGUUCCACUGCCCUUCUUCCGUUCAUCUUUUAAGUGGGCGGCUCUUCUGGCCCCAUGGUGCUAUAAGACCUUGAUGCAUUCUGGGUAUGCGGUCUGACAGAAAACCAAGAAUUCUUUAGCUCCAUUCCAAAUCCUAUUGAGCUCCCUACCUAGACCAUCUUUUUUAAGGCAUCAUAGACACGUUUCUGUUG